ACCAACUUCAAACUUCGCUCCCGCGCUCGCCACGUCUUCAGUGAGGCGCAUCGUGUGGAACUAUUCGAAUCGGCGUGUGAAUCGAAAGACAUCAAACAGAUGGGCGUCCUGAUGAAUGCCAGCCAUCGAAGCUGUGCAAUCGAUUACGAGUGUAGCUGUGAAGAGUUGGACGCAAUUUGUGAGCUCUAUACAAAGCACGGAGCUCUCGGAGCCCGUCUAACUGGAGCCGGAUGGGGUGGAUGUGCUGUGGUGUUGAUGGCGGCUGAUGACGUGGCGAACAUUGAGAAGCUUCCGUCGCUUUUCGUGUCGAAACCUGGUCAAGGGAUUCGCGUUCAUCGUUUUUGA